UUUGACUUUUCGAAAGGGGGGGUACGACGCAUUAUUUCUCGCUCGCAAUAUAGGACACGAUACCCCCGAGUUGUCAAUUCUAGAGCUGCCAGGGGCGACGAUUUCAAUACUACGUAACCGUAAAAAGAAGAAAAAAAGGAGAAUUGGAAAAAGACUAAGAGAAUCAGAUCCUUGGAUGACUUGGUGCGACUUGGUAUUCGACAACACACUUUUCCCCCUCCUUCGACGAUCCCCCACUCCCAAAGAUAAUCUCGCAGCGAGAACACGACAACGUUGAAUCUCCGGUUUUUUUUUUGGUUUUUUUUUUCUUUUUAUAUUUUCUCGGACGAACUCACCAGAUUUUCCGACUUACUGAGGAAGGCUCUAUCGCUUUCCCAUCUUGCGGCGACGAAAGGCCGGUGGUAAUCCGACAACAUGGCGACUGAAAACCGUGGCACCGGCAACAAGGUCAAAGUCUUCUUCCUUGGAGACGAGGCAAAGUCGAAAGAAGAAAAACGACUCGUCCAGAAAAUCGAUUUCUUCAUCCUGACCUACUGCUGUCUGAGCUACUUCUUCAACUACUUGGACCGUGCCGCCUUUGCCAAUGCCUACGUUGCUGGUCUCCGGGAGGCCCUGCACAUGAAGGGUCAUGACUACAACACGGUAUUAUCGGUGACCACCGCGGGCAUGGUCGUCGGGCAGAUCCCCCACGGCAUCGUCAUCGGCCUCCAGAUCGUCCGCCCCAAGAUCUGGCUGCCGAGCAUGGUGCUCGUCUGGGCCGGCCUGACCAUGGUCAGCGCCGCCGUCAAGACCACCGCCCAGCUGUGCGUCGUCCGCUUCUUCCUCGGCCUCGCCGAGGCCAGCACCUACUCCGGCGCCAUCUACAUCAUGGGCUCGUGGUACAAGCCGCAGGAGAUCUCCAAGCGCACCGCCAUCUUCACCGCCUCCGGCCAGGUCGGCACCAUGUUCGCCGGUGCCAUGAUGGCCGCCAUUUACAAGGGCCUCGGCGGCGUGGGCGGCCUCGGCGGUUGGCAAUGGGUUUUCAUCAUCGAUGGCAUCAUCACCCUCCCCAUUGCCUUGUUUGGCUUCUUCUACUUCCCCGAUAUCCCCGAGAACACCAACGCCCGUUAUCUCAGCGAGUCUGAGAAGAAGCUCGCCGUUGGGCGGCUGCCCCCGGUCGUCAAGAACUCGCACAGCGUCAACCCCUUUUCCCUGCUGAGGCGUCUCGCGCUCAUGCCUGGUUUCUGGAUCCUGGUGCUCUGGUCUCCCUUGUGCGCGACCCUCGAGGCUUGGGUUGUCCAGGGCAACUUCAUCCUCUGGCUCAAGUACCACGCUGAGCACUUCACCCAGAGCCAGAUCAACACGUACCCCCUGGGCGUCCAGGCCGUGGGCAUCGUGACCAACAUCCUCGCUGCCUGGCACAUGGACGCCACCGGCACCCGCGUGCCCAUGGUGUUGCUCGUGUGCAUCAUCCAGAUCGUGUGCGCCGCCAUGCUGCUCGUGCCGACACUGCCCUUCGCCGGCACCAUGUUCGCCUUCUACCUCUCGGGCUCGUCGUACAUGGUCAACCCGCUCAUCUUCGGCUGGGCGAGCAUCAUCCUGCAGCGCAGCGGCGACGAGGCCGUCCGCAGCGUGACCGUCUACGCCAUGAACGUCGGGGCCACGACGCUGUACACCUUCUGGGGUAUCAUCUUCUACGCGGCCGACGAGGCGCCGUACUGGAAGAAGGGCGCCAUCGUCAUGAUUGUGUGCUCGGUUCUCGUCCUCGGCUUCAUGGGGCUUGUUAUCAAGAUGGACAAAGACUCGCUCGCAAAGUAUGGCUCGAUGACGGUCGAUGAUUUUGAGGCAGCCGCCGCAUCCCGCCAUCUUCAGACACCGCCUGACGGAGACAAGUCGGACAGCGAUGACCAGAAGAACUCGAGUUCAUCAAAAGUCACGGCUAUAUGAGCUCUGGUCAUGUGAGAAUUAGCCAUGUUUGUUGUCUUAUAGCCGUCAUGCGUAAAUUAUCCAAAAGUUAGAAUAUAGGCGGCCACAACUUAUCCACACCCACAGAUGAAAUUCGAGUUGAGAAAUGAGCGGGAUACUCGCUGUCAAGACGUA